UAGAGCGCAUGUCGUCCGCAGUGCACGCGAGGCCUGCUGCCAGUGGAAGGAAGCGCUUUCAUUAACGCUGAGGUCAUGAUAUCGAAACCAGCAGCCGAAUAAGCGCUAUUAAUAAUCGAUAGAGCCUUCACCACAUCAUUUCUGAAGAGUCCGGGUAUUUAAGUGGCAUUUAGGAUACAGGGAGUGCUUAUAUUUUAAUCGUAGCAGGUUUGUAAAAAUCUGCUUCGUUCGGAUGCUCACACUUCGGCUUCACCAUGAACAAAAAUAAGCGAGAAAAGGAAUUCUACAGCAUAGAUGUGGGAGAUUCAACAUUCACAGUGUUGAAGCGGUAUCAGAAUCUAAGACCCAUUGGCUCGGGUGCUCAGGGAAUAGUCUGCUCAGCGUAUGACCACAACCUUGAGCGUAACGUGGCUAUAAAGAAACUCAGCCGGCCUUUUCAGAAUCAGACUCAUGCCAAACGCGCAUACAGAGAGCUGGUGCUCAUGAAGUGCGUCAACCAUAAAAAUAUAAUAGGCCUUUUAAAUGUUUUUACACCACAAAAAACAUUAGAAGAAUUCCAAGAUGUUUACCUAGUAAUGGAGCUGAUGGAUGCCAACCUCUGCCAAGUCAUUCAGAUGGAGCUGGACCACGAGCGGCUGUCCUAUCUGCUGUACCAGAUGCUGUGCGGAAUAAAACACCUCCACUCGGCGGGGAUCAUCCACAGGGAUCUGAAACCCAGCAACAUUGUGGUAAAGUCAGACUGCACCCUAAAGAUCCUGGAUUUCGGUCUGGCCAGGACAGCAGCUACAGGUCUGCUGAUGACACCAUAUGUGGUGACACGUUACUACAGAGCCCCUGAAGUCAUCCUGGGAAUGGGAUAUCAAGCCAAUGUGGACAUUUGGUCUGUGGGCUGCAUUUUGGCAGAAAUGGUCCGUCACAAAAUCCUUUUUCCUGGGAGGGACUAUAUUGAUCAGUGGAACAAAGUCAUAGAGCAGCUGGGAACUCCACCCCAGGAAUUCAUGAUGAAACUUAACCAGUCUGUGCGGACCUAUGUGGAGAACAGGCCACGGUACACUGGAUACAGCUUUGAGAAGCUCUUUCCCGACGUCCUGUUCCCUGCUGAUUCAGAACACAACAAACUGAAAGCGAGCCAGGCGCGGGACCUGCUGUCUAAAAUGCUGGUGAUAGAUACAUCCAAAAGAAUCUCUGUGGAUGAAGCUCUGCAGCACCCCUACAUUAAUGUGUGGUAUGACCCAGCUGAAGUGGAAGCGCCACCUCCACUAAUCAUAGACAAACAGCUCGAUGAGAGGGAACACACAGUGGAGGAAUGGAAAGAGCUGAUCUAUAAAGAAGUCCUGGAUUGGGAAGAACGGAUGAAAAACGGUGUCAUUCGAGGUCAGCCUUCCCCUAUAGGUGCAGCAGUGAUCAACGGCUCACCCCAGCCCUCCUCCUCUUCCUCCAUCAAUGACGUCUCGUCCAUGUCCACAGAGCCCACCGUGGCCUCAGACACAGACAGCAGCCUGGAGGCCUCCGCGGGACCCCUGAGCUGCUGCAGAUGACUAUCACCUUCUCCUGGAGUUUCUCUGUGUGUGGCAUGGUAUCAUAUUUAGGCCAGUCUAAUACUUUAUUUCGGGUCGGGUAUGGCUUUUUUGAGUUCCGCUCUAGAUACUGUAAAUGACUACACAGUUUUAUCUUUUUAGCGACAGCCCUAACAGGCUCAGCCAAUGAUAGUGGACUCCUUAACAAAUCUCUUCUUUUAUAAGCUACAUUUAGAGUAUUUUGUCAUGUCGUCGUAGAGUGAUUUUGGAAGGUAAUCUGUAAAGAUUGAAUUGUGGAUAUAUUUUCUCAAAUUAAUUUAUUUUGAGUCUUUUUCCUGGUCAAUGUAUAAUUUUUUUGGUCACUUGGGAUAUGAAAGUCUUUAGAAACAAUUACAUAUUAGUAAUUUACAAUGGACAUAACCAUAUUGCACGAAUUAAUAUCAGCUAUUUAAGUACAUUUUGACAUAACUUGCCUGAGGUGGCAUUUUCUGGGUCAUGUUUUUGCGCAGCACAUUUUAUUUCAAAUUUGUACAGUUUCAUUUAGAUAUAACAACUCACAACAUCAAAAAAAAAUUAUUUUUAUAUGUACAUUGAUUUAUUUUACCAGGCUGUUCUUUUUUUUUCAUGAAUAGUUUUGCUGCUGAUUGACUGUGAAAAGUGACGUGCUUGUGCAUAUGUCUCUGGUGUUCUAGUUCUUGUCCAAGUCCUAGUUACCUUUUUCAGCACCUUUUUAAAUUUUUUUAUAAUUAUAAAUAAUUGUUUUACCCCUUCAAAAUCUGCUUAUAGAACAAGCAUUGCGCUUCAUUAGCUGUGAUUGUAUUAUUGCAUUUUGCAGUUUUUGUCUAAUAUUUUUCCAAACCAUAAUAAGGUUUUUUUCGUGACAUUUAAUUCAGAAAUUAAGCACAUAUUUUAGAAAUUAUUAUUUGGAACACCAACAAAAAAAAGUCUACACUGGUUCAUUUCUAACGUAUUCCAUUAGAGCUGUUAAGCUACUUAUUUAUUUAUUUUUGUACAACAUUGAAAAGAACCAGAUCUCUAGAUUGGUUUUACUUUUAGUGUUUUUUUUUUUUUUUUUUUGUUUCUCCCGUCAGGUUGGAAGAUCUUUAAUGGCAUGUAAUGUGCUGUAAAUGAACGGGACCUAUUGUAUUGGGGAUUGACCUACUGUACGUAUGGCUUUGUAACUUGUGACAUUGAAUACUGUGGAGCUCCACUCAUUAUUUGAUAAAAAGUUUAAGAUAUAUCAGGGAAGUGGGUUUGUUUUACAUUUGCUUUAGAAUGUGAAGGUGAGAGAAUGUUGAAUAGGCCUGAAGUUGUGGAGUAGAAAGUGGGAAUCUGAAUGUUGUUGAUGUGGGGUUCAGCCCAUUGGAUUUAUUUACCUGUGCACAGGGUAAAAAAAACGAAAUAUUUUGCUAUUACUUUAUGUUGUUGUUUUGUUUUAAGUGCUCUUAACAGUGGCAAUGAUAUUAAGCCCUACAUACUUGCCUGGGAAGCCUGAGCCUGCUGUUACUGCAAAGAGCAAAAGCUUUUAGGCACGAAACACAAGAGCCGUUUAAAGGUCGAGUCUGAACUACCUCACACUUGAUGCCAUACAGCUCACAUUUUACAAGUAUUACUGUAACCUUGAUUUCAUUUUAUUUAUUUAUUUAUUCAGAAAAAUAGGAGUGUUCAAGUGUCUGUAUAGUUUGAAUCUGUGAGAAUGUACUGUAUGUAUGUGUAUACAAUCCAACGAGUGUGUGUCUUUGUUUAUUCUAGACUGUUUUUUGUUUCCUUCAGCUUAUGUGCAGUAACUCAAAAGCUGAACAAUGAACCAUGUUAUUUCAGACUCGACAUCAAUGCGACCAUUUUUGGAAGGGUUCUGUCCAUGUUUUGCUGUUUCGAGAAAAAGAAAAGAGAAUAAUAAAAAUGGAGAGGAAAAGUUUCUCAUCCCCAAUCUCAACGAUGGGCGGUAUCUUGCAUGACCUGCUUAUAGCAUUUGAUUUUAAGUCCAAAACACUGUACAAGAACUAUAAGAUCAUGGUGCUGGGUUUAUUAGACUUCACAAACUGAUGCAGUUGUUUUAUAUUAGGGUUAGCAGAUUACCACCUCAUUAGAAUGCACUGAAAUUCAACUGUGUUAACAUCAUAACAACUGGAAAAAUGGAAAUAAACAGUUGGAAAAUG